UCACUUGUUAUAAAUAGGGGAACCAUGGAAGUCACAUCCCAGCCCCCAUUGCGCCCGGCCACACCAAACCAAACUGCAACUCCUGCCUUAAACUUUCAUCUCCCCCAGACCAGUCACGGCAUUGCCAGGGGCGGGUACCCUAACAUCCACGUGGUAAGCCCUGAAGGGCAUCCUAUGCCAGGUCCACCUCUGCCUUAUCCUCAGAUAGGUCCAUGUCCCAGCCUUGGUCGGCCUUUUUGGGGUUGCUGGCCUGAAGGGCAGUCACUGGCUUCCACGCCCUGCCCUCCUCCCAUAAUUGCCAGACCCAAGACUUGGGGUCCCCUGGCUUCCCCAAGGCAUUCUCAGGGUGGGUGACCACAGCCUUGGAUUGUCACACCAGACCCAGGCCAGGGGGAGGCCAGGAAGCCGAGGGGCUCAGCAUCUCAGAGUUGAGUCCCUGGCCCCUCAACACCCAGGCCCCCCAUCCCAGACCACCCAGGCCUGCUCUGCCCAGAGCCUCGGUGACCACACCCAGGGUGGCGCCAGCUCCAGCACCCUGGGGCAAGGCGCCGCUGGAGCAUGACUCAGCCGUGCCCAGCAUGGCGGCGUCCUUGUCUGCCCAAGGAUUCUCACACACCCACGCCUGCUGCCCUCUGCGUCCGUCCUUCCUGGGUGACCAGCCUUCCCCAGACACACCUCCGUGUCCAGCCAGGACACCUGGUGACAGAAGAGAAGGUGGCCAGAGUGCCCCCAAAGGGAUUUGACAGUGGGCACCUGGACAGGGACAGGCUCACACUUCUCCCCCCUCAUUUUCCCAAUGCUCCUCACUUACAGAUAGAGAAACUGAGGCCCAGGGGGUUCCGAGGCAAGUCCAAGGUCACCCUGUAGAUCUAAGGAAAAGCCUGGCCUGAUCCUGCCAUAAAGUGCACCCAACGUGGGAAAGGGCCAGACACUGAGGGCCAGGAAGGAGUUUUCUUAAGAAGGCCCAGGGUUCCUGGCAGCAUUAUUCGUCUUGAAUAUUCUACCCCACCCAGCCUCCAAGGUGAAGGGCAAACUCUGAAGAGUGUGUUGAGACCUAUCAAAGCGCCAUCUGGCCCAUGGUGACCUGGUGAUCCCACUGCACCACGAGGCCAGUUACCCCGAGACCCCCUGGGAUGGGGGCCUGCCCCACAGCUGCAGCUUGCACGCAUCUGGCCUCCACUCGCAACAGGCAGGGUUGGUACGGGGUCCCUGGGAGGACCCUGGGAGCAUCCACCCUGCUGGCUCUUUUCAGUCAGCAAGGGUCUGCAGAGACCUGGAGACUGGGCCAGCACUGACAGGCCCGACACCCCUGGACACACCCUGUCACGCAUGUGCUCCGCGUGCCAGCUCCAGGCCAGGCUGGCAGCUAUGUUAGGCCCCCGCUAGGCCCACGGACGAGGCCCGCCAGUUAGGGUCUUGAGGGGGCUCUCAGAACACCGUGCAAGGGCGGAGGGCAGUGGGUGCCCCCCUGGGCGCUCAGACAGAGCUGGCACCAGGCCCCAGGACAGCAGCGUGUGAACACAUGCACAGGGCUGGCCCGAGCACGGUGCGUGGGCGAGCGGACUGGGUGUGUCCCACAUCACCUCGCCUUUAAGCCUGGGCACCUGUCGGGUACUGCCCUCCAGCUCAGGCGGGCAUGGGCAUGGCUGCCAGAGGACAGCUCUUAUGCCAGGAGUCCCACACCCCCCAGCCUCACCCUCAUAUCCCACCCGUCAUGGGUGGGCUUCUGAUUGGGGCUGGAGCAGAAAGGGGACAGGUGACACGGAGCCAGCUACACCUCCAAGACAUUCGGGAAGCCACUGGGUCUGGGCUUGUCUGGGCCACACAGCAAAGUCAGUGUAGGCUUUGGUGGCGGUCAAGUCCUGUGCUGGGGUUAGAGGGGGCGCCCCAGGACUCCGCCGCGGACGCCAGAGGCACCGUCGCUGCUGUCCCCACAACCUCCGGCGGCGGGACGCCCUCCUGCUCGCCAAGGGCCGGGGACCUGCCGGGCGCACCCCCACUCCGCCCACGAGUCCAGCGCGGAAAAGUUGCGGCCGCCGCCGCGGCGCCACCACCUCCUUCCAGGGUCCCUCCCGACUCACCGCGGGGGAGGGGAGCGCGCGCGGCGCCCGGCAGCCGCCCGGCCAGGCCCGCGGGCGGCGGGGGCCGGGGCGGCGGGCGCACGGGUCCGGCCGGGGCGGGGGUGGUCGCCAGCCGAGCUCCUUCCCACUCACUGGCCGACCAGCCGCGGGGCCGAAUCGCUUUUAAAACCUCCUCGUCUCCUCCCCCGGGCCGGGCAGGGGGCGGGCGCGGGGCGGGGCGGGUGCGCCAUCAUGUGCCCCCGGAGUCGGUCCGCCCCCACUUUCUCUCUGCGGUCCCCCAACUCGAUCUCGUCCCCAACUCAGCUCCAACUUUCUCCCUCCGGACCCCGACUCGGCCUGGGCCCCAAACCCAGACCAACUUCCCCGUCGGGGUCCCGGACGCCGGGCACAGCCCGUUUUCCAGCCAGGGCUCGCCCCAGGCGGUCGGGGCAGAGCCGACACCCCAGUCCCCGUCGCAGUCCCGAGCCCCUCUCGCCCUAAGUCCUGCCCUUUCGCAGGAAGGGAGGUUUGGCGGCGGAGGCGGCGGGCGCCUUCGGCGGAGACUUCGGCCCAGAGGAGGGCGAGGCCGAGCCGCCGCCGGGGACCGGAGCCCCCCUGGGGGCCGCCUCCCGUUCCUCCCACUGCCCCUGGAGGAGGGGCGCCAGGGGUGGCACAGAUCCCAGGCUGCGCGAGGGGCCUGGGGAGCCGACUGCAUUGGGAAGCCAGGCCCCGAACGCUUCAGCUCCUUUGUCAACAGCCAAAGGCGCCCACUGGGUCCGUACCCUUAUGUGUCCCCGCCAAGCUCCCUCAUGGACUUGCCAUUCAGACCCACACGGGGCACGCCCAUGGAUAUGACCAUCACCAAGGUGGGACCUGCACAUGGCCCGACGGCUGUCUCCUUCACCCACAUCUCUGUGCCCACCGAAGCGACAGGCCUGGUCUGA